CUAUUUUUUUCAUUAUAAUUUUCAUAUAUGAUUGCAAUUAAUUCUAAUUAAACCUUUUAUAUUAGUUGAUAAUGUUCCACUUUGAAAAAUGGCUUUGAGAGCUCUGACUAAUAAAAUGGUUUACUCUAAAAUGUGUUGCAUAUGUUAUGAAAAAAAAAUUUUUAGUGAAGUUUUUAAAAGACAUUAUUAAUAAAAUCACAUAUAUAGCACAAUUCAAAGCGGAAAAUGUUCUUGGAAUUAAAUACCAAUGCGUACCCUAAUUAAAUCUGUUCCAAAAGGAGGUUAAAUGCGUUAAAUUUUGGUUGCCUGUCGAAACCAAGAAAUCAUUGGCAUUUUUUCCAAUCUGGAUUCUGCUGGUGAAAUGACUGUAACUAAGGCCAAGUAUUAUUUAGAGCAUGCUAUGGAGACGUUGGUGGCCGACCAAAGUGCCACGGUUGAGACAUCACAAGCGGACCAAUCCUCCAAUGUAGGCAGUGGCACCGUUGGCCAGAAUGACAGUGGAAACCGGACAUCAGGCACAACAGCUCAGGUGAGGGCCAACGGAACUGUGGUUCUUGCUGCCCCUGCACAGGUCAAGCAUCAAAAUACGCAAGCUAUAGCUGUCCCCCAGGCAGGUGGAGGUGUUUCCAUUGUUCAUGUUGCCCUUCAGAACCAACCUGUCCAUGUGCAGUCAGUGAUUCAACCUGGUCCUAACCAACAAUCUGUGAUACAAGCCCCGGGUGGAACAACUCUUCAGUCCGUUCAGCUACCAAAAAAUGUCAUUUUACUCAAUAAAUUGACUGGAACUGGAUCAGUGAUACACAGUACUGACGGUGAUGCUAGUGUUCAUCCUGUACAGUUAAUAACAACUGCAAAGGAUGAGGAUGGUGGCACCGUUACUUUAGUAUCCUCUGAAGAUCCAAAGAAAAGACGUGAAAUUCUUGCCCGAAGACCCUCCUACCGCAAAAUCUUAAACGAGCUUUCUGCGACAGAAGCUCAUGGAGCAACCCUAACAGGUGCACCUACUGCUGUACUAAAAGAAGAAUCCUCAGACCACACUAUGACAGACUCUAGUCAAGAACAGGACAGUGGUGCUAGUACAAUCACUGUUGGUGGCACACAGUACUCCACAACAGGAUUGCUUAAAGCCAUCCAAUUAGCUACCGCUACACAAGAUAGUGGAAUACAAGGCUUGCAAACGCUAACUAUGACAAAUACUGGAAGUGGAAGUGCUAUUGUACAGUAUACUCAAGGGCAAGAUGGACAGUUUUUUGUUCCAGUGACAGUAUCUGCUGCCGAUCUUCAGGCAUAUCAAAUAAGGACUGGAGCUUCACCGACUUCUGGUCUCACACAGAACGUGGUUUCCAACAUUCAGACCAUUCAGAAUCCCCAACAAUUAGCUGAAGAAGCAUCUCGAAAACGUGAACUCCGACUUUUAAAAAACAGAGAGGCAGCUAAAGAAUGUCGAAGGAAGAAAAAAGAGUACAUCAAAUGUUUAGAAAACAGAGUUGCUGUGCUGGAAAAUCAAAAUAAAGCUUUGAUUGAAGAAUUAAAAUCCUUAAAAGAACUCUAUUGUCAAAAGACUGAUUGAUAAAUGGAACUGGAACAAUCUUGAAAGUUCAUGCCUUUUUCUGAACUGCUCCUUGUGCAUUAGCCUAUUUAAAGGAGUGGUUUGUAUAACACUUUUAACCAUCGACCCGCAUGUGUGUUGAUAAAGUCUGAGGAAUUAUUUUUGCACUGUGCCAAAAAGAAGAUAUUUUCCAAAGAAAUCAUGAAGAAUGUUCCAUUUAUUUACUUUAUAAACACUUUUUGAAGACUAGGGAAAUGACUGAUGAGACUUUUGUUUUGCUUUCUCAAGACGCAUACUUGCGAUGUAUUUGUGGAUUAUUAUUUUAAGUCUGAACUAAGAGUGUAUUUUAUUUGUAUAAAUGAUUUUUUUUUCA